UAGGUUUAUCUAAUCUCACCCGAAAAUACUUAGUAUCGAAAAACAUUUCUUACACAAUAAGGAAGUCAAACACAUCGAACGCAGGUCUAUUCAAUUUUAAAAUUGCUAUUAUAUUAUAUAAUAUUCACGAUCAGAUGGACAACAGGACAGUGAAAAUCGAUCCAAAGUUUCUGAGCGCUCAACCGAAGAAAACUUCUUCUGAUGCCGAGCACAUUUCAAGAUUAAGACCUUCACAAUCACCGAUUGCUAUAUCAUUGAGCCGGUGUCCGACUUGGUCUUCGCUCGAUCCUCUCAAGUUCAAGGGAUAUUGGGACAGCAACGCUAACGCCAUACUUUUAAAUAAUGGAUCUACUGCAUAUUUCACGUUCAACGACGCGUCAGUGAGACCGACCCUCAGCGGGGGCCCCCUGAUCGGAGAGUACAUCUUCGAGCAGAUGCACUUCCACUGGUCCGUAGAUGACUUCACCGGAUGCGAGCACGUGCUCGAUGGCCACGGGUACGCCGCAGAAUGCCACUUCGUCCACUAUAACAGUAAAUACGAAUCCUUGGAGACGGCGGUGGGCCAUCCCGAUGGAUUGGCUGUGGUCGGAUUCCUCCUGGAGACUGUCGACGCUCCCAACCCGAGGUUCGAUAGACUAGUACAAGGUCUGGAGGGGAUUCAGAAGAGGGAGUCAGUCAUGAAUGUUACUUCAGAAUCCCUAUUAUGGAUGGACAGAGAAGACCUUCAAAUCGGCAACUACGUGACUUACAAGGGCUCCCUGACGACACCGCCCUACACCGAGUGUGUCACUUGGAUCAUUUACGAGAAACCUGUACAAAUUGGUUCCGAACAGCUGGGUCUACUUCGACAACUUGAGGGGCCGGACAGUCAACCCAUUGAGAGAAACGUUCGUCCGACCCAGAGACACCCGCCGGGCCACUCCGUUAUUUACGUUAAGCAAGUUAGGUCAAAACUCUGAAAACAACUAAUUUUCUGCGAUCAAUGAAACAAGAACUAGAACAGUGUAAUGAUGUCGUAAGGGUACUCUGUUUGUGUGAGCGAUUUGUAUUAACAAUAAACUCACACCAAUUAAAACUCGGUUCGUUAUUAAGUUUACUGUAAUUUGUUUAAAUAUUGAAAUGUUUAUAACGUUUUCGUUAUAGCAACCCGCACUACCUCUUACGAAAUUUAAUAGAUUAAUCAAAUUAUUGUUUUCGUUUAAGUUUAAUAAAAUACUAUUUAUCUA